AUGGAAACCCGUUUUUCAUCAUUAGAAGAUCGUCUGGUUAUCCUCGAAAACAAAAACCCUACAAUAGCAUCUUUAGAAGCCGAUCUAUGCGACGCUCAACAACAUAUAUCUACCUUACAAAACGAAAACAAUAUCCGCGAUCAAUUCGCUAGAAUGAACGACGUAGAAAUUUCAGGGAUACCGAUUACAAAUGGAGAAAAUCUGUUUAAUAUACUUCAUUCAAUAUCAGCAAAAGUCGGUCUCACUCUGGAAGACAGGGAUCUUGACUCCAUCCAGAGAGUGCGCCGCUUGGAACGUCGCGAGGGUGCACCCGGCAGCACUACACUAGAUUCUCGGGUUCCCGCCAUCGUGGUCAAGUUCUCCCGGCGCCUGGUGAAGGAUCAGCUGCUGUCGUCAGUGCGUGCGCGCCGAGGCCUAACCACCGCCGAUAUCGGCGUGGCGGGCCCUGCAUUGAAUGUAUACGUUGGUGACCACCUCACCCCCGGGAAUAAAAUUCUUCUUAAGAAAGCCCGAAAAUUGAAGAUGGACUUGCAUUAUGCGUAUCUUUGGGUGCGAGACUGUAAAAUAUUUAUGCGCAGGAGCGAUAAAACACCGGUGAUUCGUAUCCAGAGUGACAGCGAUCUCAACAAACUUAAUAAAUCUAAGUGA